AUGGGGAAGCUAUUACAAUUGGCAUUGCAUCCAGUCGAGUUGAAAGCAGCAUUGAAGCUGAAGUUUUGUAGAACACCAUUGUUUUCAAUCUAUGAUCAAUCUACGUCUCCAUAUCUUUUGCACUGUUUUGAACUGUUGAACCUAACCUCCAGAUCAUUCGCGGCUGUGAUUAGAGAGCUGCAUCCAGAGUUAAGAAACUGUGUUACUCUCUUUUAUUUAAUUUUGAGGGCUUUGGAUACCAUCGAAGAUGAUAUGUCCAUUGAACACGAUUUGAAAAUUGACCUGUUACGUCAUUUCCAUGAAAAAUUGCUGUUGGAAAAAUGGAGUUUUGAUGGAAAUGCUCCCGAUGUGAAGGAUAGAGCCGUUUUGACUGAUUUUGAAUCAAUUCUUAUUGAAUUCCACAAAUUGAAACCAGAAUACCAGGACGUCAUUAAAGAGAUUACCGAGAAAAUGGGUAAUGGUAUGGCCGAUUACAUCUUGGAUGAAAACUAUAACUUAAACGGGUUGCAAACUGUCCACGACUACGACGUUUACUGUCACUACGUGGCUGGCUUGGUCGGUGAUGGUCUGACCCGCUUGAUUGUCAUUGCCAAGUUUGCCAACGAAUCUCUGUAUUCUAACGAGCAACUGUAUGAAAGCAUGGGUCUUUUCUUGCAAAAGACUAACAUUAUUAGAGACUACAACGAAGAUUUGGUCGAUGGUAGAUCCUUCUGGCCUAAGGAGAUCUGGUCUCAAUACGUUCCUCAAUUGAAGGAUUUCAUGAAACCUGAAAAAGAACAACUGGGUUUGGAUUGUAUAAACCAUCUCGUCUUGAACGCAUUAAGUCAUGUGAUUGAUGUGUUGACCUAUUUGGCCAGUAUUCACGAACAGUCCACUUUCCAAUUUUGUGCUAUCCCACAAGUCAUGGCCAUUGCCACUUUGGCUCUGGUUUUCAACAACCGUGAAGUACUACAUGGUAACGUGAAGAUUCGCAAGGGUACCACUUGUUACUUAAUUUUGAAAUCAAGAACUUUACGUGGCUGUGUGGAGAUUUUUGACUACUAUUUACGUGAUAUCAAGUCUAAAUUGGCCGUCCAAGAUCCAAAUUUCUUAAAAUUGAACAUUCAAAUCUCUAAGAUUGAACAAUUCAUGGAAGAAAUGUAUCAAGAUAAACUACCUGCUAAUGUGAAACCAAACGAAACUCCAAUUUAUUUGAAGGUCAAGGAAAGAUCCAGAUUCGAUGAUGAAUUGGUUCCAACCCAACAAGAAGAGGAAUACAAGUUCAACAUGGUUUUGUCUAUUAUUGUGUCCGUUCUUCUUGGAUUUUAUUAUAUAUACACUUUGCACAGAGUGUAA